AUGGCCUCCAACCAUUUUCCUCCUCUCCUCAUCCUCCUCUUUCUGGUAAUAUGUUGGGAAGGUACCACAGCUAGGAGCAGUUUCAUCCUCGGCGACAACAAAAAGCUUAGCAGAGACUUCGAUCCAUCCUACCACGUGCAACACCACCUACAUAUCGUCAAGAAACAAAACUCGUCGAUACGUGCCUUUUUUGCUCAUCCCCUAUGGGCCAGUGGGAGCAUUUCAUUAUCUGUGGGGUUCACAUUAGGCAUAUUCGCCUUCGUCAUCUGGCGCCUAACCAUCAAGCGCUACAUCAAGCCAUACCCUAACAAAGAACCAAUCACAAACCCCACACUCUUCAGCCCAAUAAUCCGAUCCAUCAACGACUUACUCUUCUUGUAUAGUGAACCAAGUCCAUCGCUUGAGGUCAUCGGGCGUGGAGCAUGCGGUGAAGUUUACAAGGCGGAGCUCUUUACAGGUGGACAGUUUAUUACUGUUGCGAUCAAGAAAGCAGUCCACUUCUCGCCAAUGCUGGACACUUCAAACCUCUGCAAGGUGGAGAGCAAGCUUCUUGAACACCAAAUGCGACAGAUAAAAUCAGAGAUUCUGACCGUUGGUCGAAUGCGACAUCCUCAUCUUGUCCGCUUGCUCGCACAUGUGCCAAAUCAAGAACAUCACUAUCUCGUCUAUGAGUUCAUGUCGAAUGGAUCCUUGCAUGAUGUCCUUAGAAGCGAAGCACGGGAGAAACUGGACUGGCUCAAUCGUCUUAAAAUUGCGCAGGGGAUUACAGCUGGCCUCGAGUACCUUCACAUAUUACAUCGCCCUAGGAUUAUCCAUCGAGAUUUGAAGCCUGCAAACAUUCUACUCGAUGAAAAUCUAAAUGCGAGAAUUGCUGAUUUCGGAUUGGCAAAGGUGGUUCCGGAAGCAUUCAGUGGAGCGGUAAGUUCUGCACGUGUGGCAGGGACAUUGGGGUACAUCGCACCAGAGUGCUACAAUACGUUGUCCUACACGGAUAAGAGUGAUAUCUAUAGUUUUGGAGUCAUCUUAGCAGUUCUUGUCACUGGAAUGUUUCCAAGUGACAAGUUCUUUCAGACAACAGAUGAGCCGUCCCUUGUUCCGUGGUUAAGGAGGAUGGUCAGUUCACAAGACCCCAGUGAGGCCAUUGAUCCAUCGUUGCUGAGGAUUGGAUUUGAAGAAGAGAUGAUACUUGUUCUGAAGAUUGCUUGUUUCUGUACAUAUGAUGAUCCUGCUGAAAGCCCAACAGAUUAG